UUGACAGGAAGUUUCUUUCUGCGUAGCAACCUGGAAGUUACAGAAGGCGAGUCGGGGGCGAAAUGGGUUGCGAUGGAGGAACCAUCCCGAAGAGGCACGAGCUGGUGAAGGGGCCUCGUAAGGUCGAGAAGGUUGACAAAAAUGCAGAAUUAGUGGCCCAAUGGUACUAUUGCACUCUAAGUCAAGAAAAAUUAAGCAGGCCCAUAGUAGCUUGUGAACUUGGCAGGCUUUACAACAAAGAUGCAGUUAUUGAAUUUUUGCUGGAUAAAUCUUCUGAUAAAGUCCUUGUGGAGGCUGCAUCCCAUAUCAAAAGUAUUAAGAAUGUCGUGGAAUUGAAUCUUUCAGACAAUCCAGCUUGGACUGGUGACAAGGGUAAUACAAAAGGGGAUAAAUAUGAUGACAUCCAAAGUGCACGUUUUAUUUGCCCUAUAGUUGGAUUGGAAAUGAAUGGAAGGCAUCGCUUUUGCUUCCUCCGGAACUGUGGGUGUGUAUUUUCUGAACGUGCCCUCAAAGAACUUAAAACUGAAACUUGUCACAAGUGUGGGAUCCCUUUUCAAGAUGACGAUGUGAUUAUCCUUAAUGGCAAUAAGGAGGAUAUAGAAGUGCUAAAGAAAAGAAUGGAGGAUCGAAGGCUGAAAAGUAAAUUAGGGAAGAAAUCCAAGAAAUCUAAGGCAGCAGAGACCAGUGUGAAAUCAGAAGCCGCUGAAGAUUCACAAAGACCAUCUCAAGUGAACACUGCAAAUGACGCUACAAAAUCUGGAGAAAAGAGAAGCAUCGCCUUCUGCAAGAGUACAGUCAGUGAAAAUGUGCCAUCUUCCUCUGGAAAAAGCAUUAAAAGUGCAUCAGAACCUGUGAAGAGGUCCUUUGUACCCAGUGAGGAGAAAUCAGAAGCAUACAAGUCUAUUUUUACUUCCCACAGCUCGGCCAAACGCUCUAAGGAAGAGUCUUCCAAUUGGAUUACACACACGGCAUACUAUUUCUGAAACAGAACAUUGUAUGAUUUGGAAUGUGUCCUUCUUUUUCCCACCUAUUGUUUUCUUCUUAUAGGAGAAGCUUUUGUUAUUAAAAAUUGUGCUUUUUAAUAACAAAACAGCUUUGAGUACAAGCCAACAUAGUUUUAAACAGGAGAUAAUAAAAAAGAUAGCUGAACUUGGCUUUGAGUUUUACAGGAUAUAUAAUUUGAGUAUGUACUCAUCAUAAGGAUCACUGUUUGAUUCCUUUUUCAGAAGUGGUGAACUCUACUUAUUUUAGCUGUGUUCUGCUUAAUUAAUAAUUAGGCUGCAUCUGAGUACACAGGAACAGUUGGUAUCUUGUAAAUAUUUUCUACCAGCCCAUCCUUAGUGGGAAAUUUUGAAAUUGUGAAUAGAAAGAUAAAGGCCAGCAUUAACAUCACCCUACUCAGUUCUUCUCUAGAUUUGUUACAGGUGCCACUUGAGACAUUUCCCCAUUCUGUUUUCCAAAUGUGAGAUUAAUUUAAUAAGUCCUAGUUCUGAAGCAGAUACAAGAGCUUGUUUAUCUUUCAUGAUAUAGUUCCUACUAAUCUAAGAGUUCUUAUAUUGCUGAAUAUCAAAUUACAACCUUUAUUCUGCAGUUUCUAAAAAGAGCAAACAGUGUUUUGUAACAUUCUGACACCUUGUAUGUUCAAAUAAAACACAAUAGUUGAAAAA